GCCUCCAACGGCCCCGCGCGAGCUCGCAGCCCUGCUCGUCAUCCCCACCCAACGUCACUUCCGCUCCCAGGAGAGUCAGGAACUACAUCUCCCAGCCUGCGCUGGGGGGUGCUUCCGCCUUCGCCAGCCCAGGCUGCAGCGCAACAUCCACAUUUCCCACCAGAUCUUUCCAUCCUUCCAGGGAUCGGGGAAGGGAAAUGGCUGCAGUGGAGCCAGUUGAGGGGCUGGUGACCUUUGAGGAGGUGGCUGUGUAUUUCACCAAGAAAGAGUGGGGUCUGCUGGACCCGGGUCAGAGAACCCUCUACAGAGACGUCAUGCUGGAGAACUAUGAGACUGUGAGCUCGCUGGUCCACCUUCUUACCCUGACGGCCUGCAGAACGACAUCCACAUUUCACUCUGGAUGGGCCCAGCCUCCUAGGGGACAGGGAAGGAAAAUGGCUGCCUUGGAGCUGGCUCAGGAGCCAGUAACCUUUGAGGAGGUGGCUGUGUAUUUCACCAGGGAAGAGUGGGCUCGGCUGGACCCUGCUCAGAGAGACUUCUACUGGGACGUCAUGCAGGAGAACUAUGAGAAUUACAGCUACACCUGA